AUGGUGCACGUUCACAUGAGCGUGCGAUCUCCGGUGCUGAUAGUGUGGAGCUUAAUCAUGCUCCUCAUUGCCGCAGCAUCUGCCACUCUUCGUAUUAUCUCUGCUCACAUCAGGCGUCGGGAGUUGAAGAGUCAUGAUUAUCUUGUCUUCUUUUCAACGCUCUUGUUAACUGGAUACGUGACAGACGUACUGGUUGGGGCGAUAAUCGCAGGUUAUGGCGGGCAUACGCAGGUUAUGGCGGGCAUACGCAGGUUAUGGCGGGCAUACGCAGGUUAUGGCUGUUCAUCAUCCAGAAGAGUUAAUGAGCGCGUUGAAGAAUGGAUGUGGGCCACAUCCACAGUCUGCUUUCGACUGGCAAUCUUGUUACUGUAUAUUGAGAUCUUCCCAAACAACAAGAAGUUCCUGUGGUGCGCAAUCAGUGUUGGAGUCCUUGUAUAUUUAUACUGGGUAUCAACGGUGUUGACGAUCGCUUUGCUCUGUCGCCCAGUUGCUUACAACUGGGAUCGCACCGUUCCCGGUACUUGCGGUGAUGUGUUGAAGAUCAAGUAUGCAUCAGCAGGCCUCAAUGUGGCUAUGGACCUGGGCGUCAAUUUGCUGCCAAUGCCAAUUGUUUGGAGGCUGCAAAUGUCGAGCCGCAAAAAGAUCGGCGUAACUGCAUCAUUCGCAAUCGGAAUUCUCACGGCCGGUAUCAAUAUGGGACGCAUCAUCCAAACCAAGAUGUGCCCAGUUAGUGAUCUCAUCUACUGCUUAAGGGAUUCGUCGAUGUUCAUCGAGGCAGAGAUGACGGCGGGGAUCUUGGUUGCUUGCGUGCCGACAUUUGGGCCGCUGAUCUUCCGACGGAGCGUUCCUGCAGCGCGACCCCAACACGAUCUGCCGACAAUCGGAUCGGUUCGAAUGCGACCGCGUCGCAACCUGGCAAAGUUUCACUCUCUCCUUUGGACGAUUGAUCGGAGUUACGAUGAUCACGAGAGGGAAAACGCGUGGAACAUGGAGUUCGGCCCACCCGCGUCUUCGGUUAGGGGAACUGAUAAUGCCAUAGGGCCGGGUAUUUUGGUCACGCACAAUUUGGAUGUACACAGUCUCAAUGUACCAUCUCAAUUGUCUGAAACCUCAACCGUUUGA